AUGUCCUCCUUCCUCCGCUUCUUCCGCCAGGGCCAUGGCCGUCUCAUAAGCCGCUUCACAACUCCCGCAGUCCGCUUCUUUCUCGGCCGGUACUACGGCCGCCCCGUGUCCCUCUUCGCCGACGCCGGCAAAGUCUUGGCCGCCGCACACCUCUUCUAUGCCUACGGCUAUGACUGGGGCACGGUGUCCGGUCCCUCCAUGCUGCCGGGCUGGUCUGUCUGGGGCGAAGGCGCCAUCAUAUCGCACCGGUACCGCCGCGGCAGGGACAUUGAGGUCGGCGACCUGGUCCGUUUCAAGAUCCCUGUCGACGACGGCUUUGCCAUCAAGAGAGUCCUCGGGCUCGCGGGCGAUUACGUUAUGAUGGGAACGCCCGAGACUGGACAGGACACCAUGAUACAGAUCCCUCCUGGGCAUGUCUGGCUGAUUGGAGAUAAUCUGCCCGCGUCUCGAGACUCCAGGUUAUACGGGCCAGUACCCAUGGCUUUGAUCGAUGGGAAGGUGAUUGCCCGGACCGGCUCAUGGCCUUGGCAGAUUCACCCCAUUCAGAACCCCUUUGAUGUUGGGCACGACCCAUGA